GAUUGACUGCAAGGGCGGUUCUGUGCGUGUCGCGGAGGAGUGUCACGUGUGGACGAGGAAGACAGGGGCUCGCAAAAUACACUCAUUUUAAAGGGAAAUAUUUGUUUUUUAUUCGUUUUUAUUAACACUUUGCAAUCAAGAAGACUGUUAUUCUAAAUCGGCAAAGAUGGGACUUGGAGAAGGACGGGAUCAGUAUGAGCUGGCGGCCACGUCGGAGCAGACUGGGAAGAAGCAGAAGGCCAAGAAGAAGGAGAGGGACAUGGACGAGCUGAAGAAGGAAGUGGAUCUGGAUGACCAUAAGCUUACCCUGGAAGAGCUUAACCGCAAGUAUGGCACAGACCUGACCAGGGGCCUAACAGGUGCCCGAGCCGCUGAGAUUCUGGUCCGGGAUGGUCCCAAUGCGCUGACCCCUCCCCCCACCACCCCAGAAUGGGUCAAGUUCUGCAAGCAGAUGUUUGGAGGGUUCUCGAUGCUGCUCUGGACCGGAGCCCUCCUCUGCUUCCUGGCCUAUGGCAUCCAGGCCGCCAUGGAGGACGAGCCGGCCAAUGAUAACCUGUACCUGGGGGUGGUGCUUUCUGCUGUCGUCAUCAUCACCGGCUGCUUCUCCUACUACCAAGAAGCUAAGAGCUCCAAGAUCAUGGACUCCUUCAAGAACCUCGUCCCUCAGCAAGCCCUGGUGAUCCGUGACGGUGAGAAGAAGUGCAUCAAUGCAGAGGAGGUAGUGGCGGGAGAUCUGGUGGAGGUGAAGGGAGGAGACAGGAUCCCCGCUGACCUGCGCAUUGUUUCUGCUCAUGGCUGCAAGGUGGACAACUCCUCCCUGACUGGAGAAUCUGAGCCUCAGACUCGCACCCCCGAUUUCUCCAAUGACAACCCACUGGAGACCAGGAACAUCGCCUUCUUCUCCACUAACUGUGUCGAAGGCACUGCCCGUGGUGUUGUGAUCAACACUGGCGACCGCACGGUGAUGGGACGCAUUGCUACCCUGGCCUCGGGUUUGGAAGUGGGACGCACGCCCAUCUCCAUUGAGAUCGAGCACUUCAUCCACAUCAUCACGGGCGUGGCCGUCUUCCUGGGCGUGUCUUUCUUCAUCCUGUCAAUAAUAUUAGGGUACUCCUGGCUGGAAGCCGUCAUCUUCCUCAUUGGAAUCAUUGUCGCCAAUGUGCCCGAGGGUCUGCUGGCCACUGUUACUGUGUGCCUGACCCUGACUGCCAAGCGCAUGGCCAAGAAGAACUGCCUGGUGAAGAACCUGGAAGCCGUGGAGACCCUGGGCUCCACCUCAACCAUCUGCUCCGAUAAAACCGGCACCCUGACCCAGAACCGCAUGACCGUGGCCCACAUGUGGUUCGACAACCAGAUCCACGAGGCCGACACCACCGAGAACCAGAGCGGAACCUCCUUCGACAGGAGCUCUGCCACCUGGGCGGCUCUGGCUCGAAUCGCCGGCCUGUGUAACCGAGCCGUCUUCCUGGCUGAACAGGGCAACCUGCCCAUCCUGAAGAGAGACGUUGCUGGAGAUGCCUCUGAGUCGGCCCUGCUGAAGUGCAUCGAGCUCUGCUGUGGCUCUGUGAAGGACAUGAGAGAGCAGUACUCCAAGAUCUCAGAAAUCCCCUUUAACUCCACCAACAAGUACCAGCUCUCCAUCCACAAGAACGCCAACUCCGAAGAGUCUAAGCACCUCCUGGUGAUGAAAGGUGCUCCCGAGAGGAUCCUGGAUCGCUGUUCCACUAUUAUGAUCCACGGCAAAGAACAGCCCCUCGAUGAUGAGAUGAAGGACGCCUUCCAGAAUGCCUACAUGGAGCUGGGUGGCCUGGGAGAGAGAGUACUGGGGUUCUGUCAUUUCUCACUGCCGGAUGAACAGUUCCCCGAGGACUUCCAGUUUGACACUGAUGAUGUGAACUUCCCCACCGAGAAUCUGUGCUUCAUCGGCCUCAUGUCCAUGAUCGACCCGCCCCGAGCCGCUGUGCCUGACGCCGUGGGGAAGUGCAGGAGCGCCGGAAUUAAGGUUAUCAUGGUAACUGGUGAUCAUCCAAUCACUGCCAAGGCCAUCGCUAAGGGUGUGGGUAUCAUCUCUGAGGGCAACGAGACUGUGGAAGACAUUGCUGCUCGUCUGAACAUCCCAAUUAAUGAAGUCAACCCCAGAGAUGCCAAAGCCUGCGUGGUCCACGGCGGGGAGCUGAAGGACCUGACCGCAGAACAGCUGGAUGACAUUCUAAAGUACCACACUGAGAUUGUCUUCGCCAGAACCUCGCCCCAGCAGAAGCUCAUCAUUGUCGAGGGCUGCCAGAGACAGGGUGCCAUAGUGGCAGUGACAGGGGAUGGUGUAAACGACUCCCCCGCUCUGAAGAAGGCGGACAUCGGUGUUGCCAUGGGCAUCGCUGGAUCUGAUGUCUCCAAGCAGGCCGCUGACAUGAUCCUCCUGGACGACAACUUUGCCUCAAUCGUGACAGGAGUGGAAGAAGGCCGUCUGAUCUUCGACAACCUGAAGAAGUCCAUUGCCUACACCCUGACCAGCAACAUUCCAGAAAUUACCCCCUUCCUCCUCUUCAUCAUUGCCAACAUCCCCCUGCCCUUGGGCACAGUCACCAUCCUCUGUAUCGACUUGGGCACUGACAUGGUUCCUGCUAUUUCUCUGGCUUAUGAAGCUGCUGAGAGUGACAUCAUGAAGAGACAGCCCAGAAACCCCAGAACAGACAAGCUGGUGAAUGAGAGGCUAAUCAGCAUCGCCUACGGUCAGAUAGGUAUGAUGCAAGCCACCGCAGGGUUCUUCUCCUACUUUGUCAUCCUUGCUGAGAACGGGUUCCUACCCUCCACACUGCUGGGAAUCCGUGUCAAAUGGGACGACAAGAAUGUCAACGACCUGGAGGACAGCUACGGCCAGCAGUGGACCUAUGAGCAGAGAAAGAUUGUGGAAUACACCUGCCACACAUCCUUCUUCGUCAGUAUAGUGAUCGUGCAGUGGGCUGAUUUAAUCAUCUGCAAAACCAGGAGGAACUCUGUCUUUCAGCAGGGCAUGAAGAAUAAAAUCCUCAUCUUUGGGCUGUUUGAAGAGACGGCCCUGGCAGCCUUCCUGUCCUACUGCCCCGGAAUGGACGUGGCCCUCAGGAUGUACCCCCUCAAACCCAGCUGGUGGUUCUGCGCCUUCCCCUACUCACUCCUCAUCUUCAUCUACGAUGAAAUCCGAAAACUCAUCAUCCGGCGCAGUCCAGGAGGCUGGGUGGAGCGCGAGACGUACUACUGAAGCUUCCUGUCUGCGUCACACAGUCCUUUUGCAUGGUUGUCUUGCUGCUCGGAAAAUUUUAACCUCAGUAACUUCUGGAUGUGUUUUUAUAUAGAGAAUGCCUGACACAAAAACUGAGAUCGUGAACCAAGAGAUUGUGUGCCUUUGUUCUGGAGCAGGACAAAUUUUAUACAUGUUUUUAAGAGUGUAUAAUAUAAAAUAACCUCUCAGUCCGAUUCGAGUCUGGUAUAAUAUAUAUUUUUUUUUUGUACUGAGAGACGAUGUUCUGAUUCAUUAGCCAUUUUUGCAUGUUCCACGUUCAGGAGUAGCCUGUUUGACUUCAGUUUGUCAUGCAGUAAACAAAAUUUUGGUUUCUGCUAAAAUAGUAAUCUGUUACAAACUAUGAAAUGUUGCCAGUUGCACUUGCUGUGAUGAAAGUAUGGUCUAGCCUUCCACAACACGGCCAACGUUGUUUUCCUCAAUGUAGUCAGUUUUUUUUUUUUUUCUUUUGCUCUUGAUACAAAGUAAACGGAACUAUAAAAAGUUUGAAAACCUGCAAUAAAACACUCCCCAAAUACCAAGA